AUGUCUUAUGGCAGUCACUACGGUGGCGGCUCCAAUGAUAGGACAAAUCCCGUAAACAGCAGAGACCGAGAUAGGGAGAACAACCGACCGGGUCGCUCAGAUUGGCCUGAGAGAGACAGAACCGAGAGAAACGAGGGAAAUGACCGUAACGACCGUGGCUUCAACAAUCGGCAUCACAAUCUGCAAAAACGCUAUGGUUCACAACUGUCAACUUAUGGCGACCUGACGUCUGGCUCUACAUACAGACGUCCAGAGGGAGGCCGGGAUUUCUAUGGGUACAGAAGCGGGUACAAUCGCACAGAUGUAGCCGAGAGAAACCAAGGCAACUCUAACAACGGAUCAUCGAACUCCAGGCGGCGCGACCGUAAUUCUCAAUACGAUCUGUAUCAGGGAAGCAGGUACAGGCCGGGUUCCAGCAAGCCAAAAGGACCUGGACAAAGUCAGGAGUCCGUCAGAUCGACCGGUGUGAGCAGUUCCAGAAAUGAGCCGCGCCGAGAAGGCCGUUUCGAUGAAGCGUCUUCGAAAGAUCUUCUAGACGACAGACGACUCCAGAACCGCAAACAGGACUGGGACUCCUCCAUGUCUCAGAGAUCAAAACAACUACAGCCUCGCUUGCCAAAUUCUUCCCGUGAUCAUCAAAAGGCUGGUUCCAAAAGCCAUGGACCAGCUAAAGUGCGCGUGGCCCUUGAUUCUGGGGCUGAUCAUCGUGAACCCAUAAACUUUCUUUCUAAUGUAGAAGGAGACGAAGUGAUAUCCACUCGCCAUGAGCUCAAAAAGGCAAAUACACACACCGAGAAACCCCUGCUGAAAUUACAGUCUUCACCUCGUGCUUUGGUAUCGGUGACAAAUCAAGUUAGUGUUGGGGGAAUUCCGGAGGCUGCAUUUCCUGAUCAAGUAGAUGCCAACACUCCUCACACCCUGCAUGAGUCACUGUCAUUUCUGGAUAUCCCAUUCACAUCCGCUCCCCAGGAUACUGCCGAUCAUCUGCGACGCUCUGAAGAUUUGGUGAGCAUCGCAAGUGAUGCCGUUCACAAGAAAGAUAGUUUACUACGAAUGUUUGAUGAUGACGAUGAUGAUACUCCAGGUGUAAACAAAGCCUCGAACAUGGGGCUUGCAGAAACAAAAGGUGAAAAUCUUGAUCGUUACAGAGAGGAUGGUGUGCCAGGCUCGCCAUCUUCAAACGGCUUUGAUACAUCUGUCCUUUCCCCUGUGGGUUCUACCGCAUCAGAUGAUGCAUUUGUGCAGACGCUCAACAUCAUUCCGGAAACCAAGUCUGCAAACCGUAACAAUAUUGUCGAUGAGCCUCUGGAUCUCUCCGAAACAGAGACUGUCAUUGACGGUAAAUUGCCAGACAUGUCAGCCUCAAGGCUGUUUCUUCGCAAGAAAGGCCGCGAUACCCUUCGCGGACGAGCAAAAAGACGAAACGUUAUUUAUUCUGAGGAUGAAGAGAUCAUGUCAGAAGGCGAGGGUGACCCUCCUCAAGAUCUUGAGUCCUUGGCGCAAAGAGAUAAAUCCCAUUUCUCAAGCGAUCCGAUAGAGACGAACUCAUUCCCUGAAGGACCCUCCCCUCAAGAGAACCAAAUUCGUCCAUCAAAUCACAGGCAUGAUGAGAGUAGCUCCAUCACGCAAAAAGAACAUUCGCCUACGCACAAAUCGAAUCAUAAAUCCGCUUACAAGAUCAAAAGAGACUCCACAGGGCGUUCUCAACUACAAAGAGCAUGUAAAAAGGGAGACUUGCGGGAAGUCAAGGUCCUCAUCAGUAAGGGUGCAAGUGCUAAUGAAAGUGAUUUUGGCGGGUUCACAUGUCUACAUGAAGCUUCAUUGGCAGGACAUACUGAUAUUGUUGAAUAUCUCAUUGCUAAUGGUGCAGAUGUAAACAAGCAAGCGCUUGAAGCGGGCGAUUUCGAGACACCUUUAAUGGAUGCUGCCGAGAAUAAACACAUAAGUACUGUGAAGACUCUUUUGAAGAACGGUGCAGAUCCACACAUUUGCAAUAAUGACGGCUAUUCUACGAUCACGAAGCUCUUUCGCCUCCAAGAAGAUGACGAUGAGUACGAAGAUGUGAUCAAAGUGAUCAACGACUUUUCGCCUCCCAAAACCAACUCAGAAUUAAGCAAAGUCACACAUGCGCCUCGAGAAAUUAUUGAUGACCCUUCAGAGAGCUAUUUCAGCGACCUUGUGAGAAAAAAUUCACAAUCAUUGGUUUACAAGUACGCCGCCCAAGGCAACAAGGAAUCAGCAGCUGAAGAUUUUGUGACACGCGGUUUAUCCCUCCUGAGAAUGCCUGAUGUUUUAAAUUUGGCAGCUCGAAAUGGACAUGUUGAAUUGGUUGAUAUUUUGUUGGGGCUAAACCCAGGAUCUUUCGAUAUCAAUCAAUUAAACAAUAUCGGAGUCAAUGCUUUAUUGGCCACAGUGGGUAGGGGCUUCUAUGACGUUGUCAAAUUCUUGUUGACGAAGGGUGCGGAUCCGCAAAUCAAAAGAGCUAAGGACGGUUUGAGUGCUUUGGAAAUAGCAAAGCAUUCUGUACAAUAUGACCCUAGAGAGGUCGUGAUUUUGGAAGAUUUCAUGAACAGUCAUGGCAAGCGUACUCAACCAAUGGAGGAAAUUCUGGAACCUCCUAUGCAAAAAAUGAAUUCACACGAACCAAAACGGAACAUGUCAUUCGAUGAUUUGAAUCCAAACAAGAGAACGAAAAAAGCCUCAUCUGAACUAGCGUUGAGCGAAGAGGUCUGUGGGGUGAAAACCGAUCACUCUUCUAAUGAAUUUGUCACAAAGGCAAAUGAGGAUGAGGAGUUGGAUAUAUCAUUUGAUUCUCGAGCCCGGUCUUCGCUGCCAAUGGAGAAUGUAAAACAAACGAUUUCAUCUUCCGUCUCUCAUUCACCUAAAUUUCAGGAAGAGCAAAGACUUCGAGCGGCAGAACAAGCUAAAAUUUGGCAGCAAAAAGUGCAGGCCAAAAAAAGAGCUCGAAAGGAAAUGUUUUUGUUGGCAGAAAAAGAAAAGGAGAAACGAAGGAGGGAGGAAGAGGAAAAGCGUCUCGAGCUUUUAAAAAAGCAGGAGAUAGAACAGAGAGAACAGAGAAAAUUAGAGCUAAUUGAGGCCAAGAAAAUUGCCGAAGCGCUUGAAAAGAAGAAGCAAAUCAUGGAGUACCACUACAUGUUGCGAAAAUAUCCCAUAGGACUUCAGGAAGCUGUUUUUGACGGAAAUUUUGACAAAAAGUCCCGACUCAAAUACACCCCCCUAUAUGUAUUCUCUGUCGAAAAUGACAGCUGGGUUAUCGAUAUGCAAGUGGCAUUGAUACUUGCUGUAUCUGUUCGGCAAGUUCACACCUUGCUUAAAGGAAACAUCGGUCCCGAAAUUGACGCUUCUUCGAAAGACAAACUUUGGUCAAUUUUCUUCAGAAUGAUCGGAGUUGGUAAUAAUAACGUGAUCGAAGAGAAUGGUAUGGAAAAAUUUCGUUGUCUUCAAUUGAGAUUCGUCAGACUUGCUGAUGUUGCUGAUUGGAUGAAACUGCAACAUUCUGAAGCGUACAAUAUGUUGUGGGUUGAAAAUCGCAUCACUAAUGUCGAUUUAAGCAGCCUUGAACCUGCUCAAACUAGAGACCCAAGAAGAUACUCAAACAGACGAUCACAUGGCGCCGAUGUGGGAUUCGUGCCACCUAGGUUUGCGCAACGUGGGGAUGUUUUGAAGACUAUACAAACCGCCAAUGCGCCACUAUGGUAA